AUGAACUCGGAGAACCUCCCAUCUAUCGAGGAUAUGUAUGACGCCCAGGAAAAUUUCGAAUAUCGUCUGGUGCCGCUACGUAAGGACGUCCCUGACAUCUCUCGUCGAACUCGACCUGGAGACAAUCCGACGAAUGGCAACGGGGAUGAAACAGUCGAGGCCACGUAUUUUCAGUACCCAUUUGACACCUUCCCGCCGGUUAUUUCGGGGGCCAAACCCCAUUUCGUCGUGCGAUACUGGCAGAAAGCUGGACUUGCGUUAUAA